ACUGCUCGGCUUCAUUCUCAGCAUCAAGCAUCACCUCUGCAAAGAUGGCAUCUGCUCUUCGCUCCUUGCUCCUCCUUUGCGGGAUCUGUGGACUGUUGGCCGGAGUCUCAUGUCAAACAUUGAAAGGGUACUGCCCUAAAGGCUGGACUCGGUUGAACAAUCGCUGUUUCAUCUACCAACAUGAUCCGAGAAGCUUUCCCGAUGCAGAGAGGGUCUGCAACAUUCUCGGUGGGAAUCUGGCGUCCAUCAACAGUGCCCUGGAGAACCAAGUGGUUAUUGAAAUAAUUCGGGCAGCUGCUGGUACUUUCAAAGACACCUGGAUUGGAUACCAGGACUCCAUCUUGGAGGGUGACUUCAUUUGGACUGAUGGCAGCUCUGCAGGUUUCGAUGACUUUGAGACUGGGCAGCCGAAUGAAGGUGUACCUCCUGAGGACUGUGUGGACAUCGAGGCGUCAACUGAACAGUGGCAUGAUGACAACUGUGCAGAUUUGAGUCCAUAUGUUUGUGCCAAAAAAGUGCACAUCAAGAAACACUAAUCCGACCAUCACAUCAUCUUUACAACCUUCUGGAUGAGAAUAAAUAUACUUCAGGGAUAACAGUCUGAUUUCUCAGUCUAAUCAUCUAUUCCUUCUUCUUUUUCUAUUGCUUCUUCUGCACCAUUUAGUUGUCAUUGGUUGUGCUCAGUCGAGAAAAAAACCUUCAGGCUUAUGACUAAUAAAUGAAGGAAUCUGCUUCUGCAUAA